GCCUUCUGGAACUAUGUGAACAAGAAAGAAAAAUCAAAACUGAAGGAAAGUGUCAGAUGGGCAGGAGAGCCUCGGAGGAUUAACUCUUGUUCCAGAAGGAAUCCCACCAUGUUCACUUCCGCUGCCCUCGUCUCACUACUGGUCUUGCUGUCCACCGGUUGGCUGACAACGCAAGCUGCAGAGCCCAAUUGUGCCAGUGUUGCUGACUUUGAUAACUGUCCAGGUAUCACACAUGAUUUCUGCCCAGAAGGCGUUGCCUGUGGUUGUAAAGACCAAAUACCCUUUUGCAAGUGUCCCUCCUACAGAAGCGGUUGGAAAGAUCACUGGUACAUGGGUCCCAAAUGCGAGCAGCUUUGGAGCACUCUGGACUUGAUUUUAAUAGUUGUUCUUCCUGCAAUAACAUUGUCAUUAGCGGUUGCCAUCACAAUGCAGUGGGUCAGCUAUUGUAAGGACAAGCGAGAGAAUGGUGUAAAACAAAGCAGUACUCAUGCAAAACAAACAAGAGCUCAAGCACCACAUAACGAUGUCCCUAAUCUGGCUGAUAAAUUGAGAUAUGCCUCUCAUCCACAAGGAAAAGAGAAUCCAGGGGCCUCACAAAAAGUGAAAUUCCCCAAAUAUCCUCUCCGAGGUCAGCCUCAUGAACAAAUACAGUCACCGCAGAUUGGAGGCUUCAGCUAUAUUCCACACCAGCCGUUGAGAAGAGCCAAUCCAAAUCAAGAUGAUGUUUUUGCAGGGCAGUCUUCCCAAGUUGGUCAGCUUGCCUACUGGGAGACUGAAAUCCCUGAUAUGGAUUACGAGGAAGCAAAUCCUUUUUCUGCCAUGCCCAUGCAACCAUUUCCUAAACCUGGAGCUUCAAUGUUUUCUCAACCUGGUUAUCAGAGGUCUACACCUCAACCAAUUAAUUAUCUGAAUGGUCAAAGAGCAGGAAGGCCCUCUGGGAUUGGACACUAACAGAAUAUAUACA